AUGGCGUCCGAGGUGUGGCUAUCGCCGGCGUCUCGCCUCCCAUCCCUCUCCAACGCACCACCUCGCUUCCGCUCCAAGCCAGCUGCCACCACAACCGCCUCUUUGUUCUCUUCCUGCCCCCGCCCUGCUCGCGGCGCCCUGCCUGUGCUGCGCGUCCGCCGCCGCCGCUGUCUUCGCGCCACAGAGCAGCAAGGCCAGGUUCAGGUGCAAGACGACGAGGUGGUGGACAGCAACAUCCUCCCCUACUGCAACAUCGACAGGAAGCAGAAGAAGACGCUCGGAGAGAUGGAGCAGGAGUUCCUGCAAGCCUGUCAGGUGUGGCGUCGAUACAAAUUACUACUUUCCUGUGUGCUGUUUCCAGGCGAAGAUGAGCAAAAGCUUCUGGAAGCUUCCAUGGCCUAUGCCGCUGGCAGCCCCAUCAUGUCUGAUGCUGAAUUCGACGAACUCAAACUCAAAUUAAAGACAGACGGCAGUGUCAUUGUGAUGGAGGGUCCCAGGUGCAGUCUAAGGAGUCAUAAGGUGUACAGUGACUUGAAUGUUGACUACCUAAAGAUGUUCCUUCUAAAUGCUCCAGCCGCCACUGUAGCUCUGGGACUGUUCUUUUUCAUUGAUGAAUUGACUGGUUUUGAGAUCAAUGUGUUCCAGCUGCCAGAAACCUUUCAGUUCAUUUUCACAUGGUUUGCUGCUUUGCCCCUAAUAUUGUUCUUAGCACAGUUAUUGACUAAGGCUAUAGUCCAGGACUUUCUAAUCCUCAAGGGGCCAUGUCCAAAUUGUGGUACUGAGAACCUUUCCUUCUUUGGGACUAUACUAUCAGUCUCUAGUGGCGGUACAACAAACAAAGUGAAAUGUGCAAAUUGCAGUACCGAGCUGGAAUAUGACUCAAAAUCUCGGGUGAUCACACUUCCAGAAGCAUCAAGUGCAUAA